CGUAGGCAAGGCUACAUACAAGAAUUAGUUUUUACAGGGAACAUCAACUAAACGCUUCAUCCCACCUUACCGCAAGCUGUCGCUCCGCGCCACUACCUUGCUAAACUCUACCGGCAGGAAUUCAACAUAGGUUCGCGUUUGUACUGUCAAGCUGUACCUUUUCAAAGCACGCGUAUGGCGUGAGCUGGAAUGGACUGAAACUCUACACACAAGUACUACUCAUAGCGCGGUUAUUCGCGGCUAGACUGUUGCUUGGAGGCGCCCAGGGCUGAGGCAUUUGUCAUUUGGCACCCUCUGUGUGGCGCCGACUGUAACUUAGGCGGUGAAGUUCGUUUUGGGGGUUUCAAUUGCGAGAUGUGGGCGACGCUCGUCCUUGCCACGUUUUUACUUCACCUGCCUUCUCACAUAGCCGGACGUGGCCUCGUCUUCCGUAUUGGAGCUACUGUUGGACGCGAUGGUCCAUGUGCGCCUCUGUACAAUGAGACCGUCCUCGGUUAUCAGUACUUCUUCAGCAUAAUGGAGCAGCAGCCGAGCAUCAUGGUUAAGGAUGCUGUCGGAGAACAAUACACUUUGCAGCUGAAGCUGAAGCUAGUUUCCCACGACUGCACCGAUGGCGGGGCCGCCGCUGCCAUGGAGUCGUUAAUCCACGGCACGCCGCCCAACCCCACUACCGGCGACCCUGGGUCCCCGCCGGUCCACCUGCUGCUAGGUGGAAACGGGAUCAACGCCUUGCAGGACUCCAUGCAGGCCAACAAUGCUUCCAGACUGCUGCUACAUUGCUGCACUGCACGCGACUCCGUUUUUGAACUGGAUCUACAACAUGUGUACGGACUCUUUACUCCUGCCAGUCUUUAUACGGGGCCCAUACUACGGACAAUGGCGCUUCGAGGCCUCAAACGUAUUGCAAUUGCCUAUUCGGUCGAAUCGCCUCUGUUUGUACAGUUAUGCGAGGGGGCCCUUCCACAGCUGUCGGCGCUGAGCGGGCUGCGUCCUGGCUUCGGUGCUGCGGUUGCCUUUAACUACUCGGCAGCUGAGGCGGAAGUGCCGGGCUUCUGGGAAGAUGCAGGGGAGCGUGUCGCGCAGGCUGGUGCCGAUGUGCUCAUUGCCUGUGACGAAAUGGAGCGCACGUCUCGGUUGGUUCACAGGCUCCACAACAUUGGACACCGGCUGUCCGCAGUCUGGCUGGCAUCGUGGGGCAAUGUCAGCGACUUCCUUACAUACCUCGACGGUUACGGCGAAUAUGCGAUGACAACCGUACAAUGGAUGCCAAGUCUGCCGUAUGCAGACCCCAUGUUCGGCUCAGCUGCCGAGUAUGCGGCUGCGUUUUCAAAAGCCACGGGCCAUGAGGCCUCGUACUUUGGCGCUGCCGCAUCGGCAAGCGGCUACGUCUUCUUAUCGGCAUUGCAGCGUGCAAUCAGCUUGUGCGAUCUGAGCCGCGUCAGCGAUACCAACACCACCGAUAGCUUCAUGUGGGAUGCAGGCGCCUUGUCCUGCUAUGACGCUAGCCACCCUUCCCAUGUAAUGGCAAACACCACCGGAGACGCGGUUUUGAGCUACGUGCUUAGGACCUUGAACAUGGAGACGUUCUUCGGCCCCAUAGGCUUCAACAGCUACCGCCAGAACAUUUUCCACCCGGCUAUUGUUGCCCAGGUCAUAUCUGGGGAACUGGCGGCGGUGCUGCCCCUGGAUGUGGCCGAACGGACACUUGUGAUGCCGAUACCCGAGCCCGAGCCUCCGAAGAAACGCUGGGUCUCAACUCCAGCCGGAGUAGCACUCAUUACGCUCUUCUGCAUCUUCGUCACGGUCCUUGCAGUAUGCCUUGCGCUUGCGGGCUUUGUGUAUGCUGGGCGGCGGCUGCCGCACUGGAGCAUCACUGCUGCUGUGGAGAUCAAACACAGCGACAUUAAGGUGGACAUCGCCCCCGUGCUGAACAUGGACGGCACAUUCGAGCCGGGCGAGGGGGUGUACCGGGGCACGCGGGUGAAGCUCGUGGUGGCCACGGAGCUGCUGCCGGCUGCAGCACCGCGAUCGCUUCGCAUGCCUCUAACGGGGCAUUGCUCAGCAGUUGCACUGGAAGACAGGUCCGCUAGGCCAUCCCGUUGUGGUGAUGUGGUUGAGGGAGCUGCUCUACCCGCACUACCCUCGACACAAAUGUCCACGCAAGGGAAUUUGGAGGGUCAGGCUUCUGUGAAGAACCUUCUACGCAAUCAGUCUAGUGAACUCCCGACAACAUCGUAUGGUUACCCAGCUUCUUACGCCUUAGCUACCUCAGCUCAGCCUUGCUCACCUACUGGCCGUAGCGCCAUGCGCAAGCGGCGGCAGCUCUCAGCUACCGUGUGGCGCGCCAUGCGGCUUCAGCACCCCCGCAUCUGCCCCAUCCUUGGCAUCGUCUGGAACUGGCCGGAUCUGUUGGAGGGGGGCGGAGUGGUGCCAGUGAUUGUUCGUCAGUGGUACGAGUUUGACAGCCUGGACCGGCUCCUGGAGAACGAGACGGUGCCCCUGCCGCUCAUGACCAAGGCCAACAUCGCGCAGGGGGUCGCGGAGGCGCUGGCGUACCUACAUGCGCAGGAGCCUCCCAUCGUGGCGGGCCCCAUUGAUGCGUCACGGGUCAUCAUUGACAAGAACUUUAACCCGCACUACUUCACGCGAGUCACCAGUCUGGAUCCGGCCUACACUACUGUGGAGCCCUUCGGAUCGCCUGCACGAGGAAAGUCCCGCAGUCUUGCGGGCCCCAGCAAAAGCUCUGCAAUGCAGCCGCCCGUAUUCGGACGAGUCUCCGGCUCACAGCUUCCGAACAUGAGCAGGGUAUCCGGAAGCCAGCUCCCUGCCCUUGCCAAGACUUCUGCAUCGCAGACAGCCCCUCAGCAGCUCGGUUCACAGCCGCCACAGCAGCAGGCCCCCGUGCCAAUCCCACCCGUGGCCGACCGGCCUUCGCCUGCUAUCCUUCCUACUCUCUGGCCACGAACACCACUGGACGAGGCGCGUAUCGAUAAGCUGCUUGAUGGGGCCGGUACAAAUGGCGCGCUGCGCGUCAGCCCCGGCAGUACUACGGGCCCUGCUGGGCCGUACACACGGGCAGGCACUGGCCUCGGCAGCGGCAUCUCCACUGGCCCGGCAGUCGCCAUCACGGUCCAGUACUUGCCAAGCAAGGAGCAAGACGCGUAUGAGUUUGGAAUCCUGCUGUGUCGCAUGUUUUCGUCAGCGCUGACGGCGGACCUGUCCAGGCGGCGCCUUCUCUCUUCGGGCCAGGUACUCGGAGCCGUGGAGGGCGAGGUUGGCAGCUCGGCAGCGGUUCCGCUGUCCCUGCAGCAGCCCUUUGAGGAGGAGCAGGUGGCUAACGCCCUUGUCGAGCUGAUGGACAUGUGCCCUCCCUUGGGCGAGCUGGCUGAAGCGUGCAUGCAGCGGGACUGCCAGCUCACAUUCACCGACAUCCUGAGGGCAUUGGAGCAAUGCGUCAUGCCUGCGUUGACGGAGAGUGCCUCUGUCAUUCACGCCGGCAAGCGCACGCUUGGCGGGCUCCUGACGCCAACCCGGAAGCCAGGACUGGAUCCUUUGUCGUCCAUUAGGCCCGUCGCGCCCGGCUCUCGUGCCUGCGCGUCAUGUGAUAUUGACGCACGGUGCCCGACAGGGAAGGUCUUGAAGCUGGAAGUGGAGGGCAGAAGCGCAUCGUGCACCAAGCAGGACAACCUGCGCAGCUCCGGAAUUCCGACCCUCAUCCGCACCACUGUGAUGCAAGACGACCUCCUGUACGACAUCUUUCCGCCGAAGGUUGCCCGAGCGCUGCAAGCCGGCGAGGCGGUGCAGCCGGAGCGUUACGACUGCGUGUCUAUCUUCUUCUCGGACGUGGUUGGCUACACGGACCUGUGCGGGCAGCUGCAGCCCGGCGAGGUGAUGGACCUGGUGCACCGCCUCUACUCGAGCUUCGACGACCUGAUCCGCAGCCUCAGGCUGUUCAAGGUUGAGACGGUGGGCGACGCCUACUUGGCCGUUGGCAACCUGCGCUGGCCCCAGCCCGACUCCCACGCACGCCUGAUGACCCAGUUUGCCUUCGCCGCCAUCCGCGCCGCCAACUCGCUUCCGGUGCACCCGGAGCGGCCCGAGCUGGGCUGCGUGCACAUCCGUGUGGGGCUGCACUGCGGCCCCGUGGUGGGCAGUGUGGUGGGCACCCUCAACCGGCGGUACUGCCUGUUCGGGGACGCGGUCAACACCGCUGCGCGCAUGGAGCACAACAGCAAGGCGGACCGGGUGCACUGCAGCGCGGCCUUUGCAGCACUGCUGCAGGAGCAGUGGCCCGUGGGUGCCCAGGUCACGAGCCGGGGAGUCAGGCCCAUCAAGGGAAAAGGGCCCAUGGAGACGUUUUGGGUGGAGGAGCGCUACCCCGAGGGGGACACGAGCAGGGCUGUGAGGACAGAAGCUGAUCUGGAUGCUUCAAGGCUGCGCAACGCGUCUGUUUGCAGCGGCUCCACGGCUGCCGCUGCACCACUCGACUUCCUAGCAACAUGCUAAAGACCAAGUACUUGGAUGGGCCCCUCAAAAACAAACACAACAAGGAGAACCGCAUGUCUUUCCCCGCCUUUAAACCUGCGUCCUAGAUGCGUCUUAGCUGUGUUUUGUUUGUGUGUUCAAGUCGCCGCUUACAUGUGAAAGCGGUGCAUCUAUGCUGUGAUGACCAAGAUUGUGCUAGCAGGGGUACCGGCAAUGAAGCGAGCGAGGGAUAGGCUGGAGCGAGCCUUGUGUCACGUGCCCGAACCCCAAGAGCAUGUUGGCGCAAGGUGGCGAAUGUCCAUGACUAUAGACCCCCAUAAUGGUGUGCAGGCGGUAUUCGCGUCCGCAGUAAGGGGUUGCAUGAGGCGGUGUUGAGGGGACAUGUGCUACCUCGCGUUCCGUUAGGCAGCAUGCACGGAGAUGAUCCGUCUCAAAGGUAAGGUCAAAGGGCGGGAUGAAUGGCUAUUACAAUGGCUGGAUGACUGAUGCCUUCUUUUGCGCUUUCUAAAUUGUCCGUCUGCGCGUUGCAUGGAACAAUCUACGUGCGCUGAAAUGCAUAAGUAUUUUGCUUUACAUGAUAAGAUAAUAUGUUCCGCUUGCGGUUUAUGUACAGCAUGAAUGUGAUUCUUUCGUUAAUUGGCGCGCAUGUAGCUACUUCAUAUCGCCGUAGCAUCCUGGCUGGCUACGGCUCGGGGUGGUCACCGGUCACAGUUUUCCUUGUCCUGCCCGCAGUCUUGCUGUGGGUAUUCUGGAAUUGUGGUAUUGUUCUUGUGAGGGUCGUGUUAGCCUUUGUCAUUCUUGCGCACGGGAGCUGGCAUACAUUAAGACCUGUGAAAGCAAGAGCUUAGGUAUGGUGGCCUUAUAGGCACGAGGGCCGGAAGGGCAGCGUUUUCGUAUACAGGGCAGUUGGAUUUUGUUAGGUUUUGUGGAUGUCGGUUUCCGCAAAUGUUGGUUGGCCGUGGUUGACAUGUCGAUAGAAAUACGUAAAUUUCCAGGUCCUUUGCUUACAACUCGUUGAGAGCAGAUGGAACCGUUGAUGGAACCAUCCAUUCAAGCGAAGGUUGGGGAUUAGGCCAGUCGCACUGUAGCUGACUGUAGGUGGGAUUUGCAACAUCCUAACAGCCACCCCAGGGCCUAGGUGUCACCACCGGUGCCAACCUGCGCAACUCGGUGAUGCACGCAUCCAACAACCAACGCGUCAAACCAAAAAGGCAC